AUGGAAUUUUAUCAAAGUCUCUACUUGCAGGCAUCCUACUUCAUCAUCAGUAUUCCAUUUGCACUGUUCGCAUGGCUGCUUUAUUAUGAUUUUACAAAGGCAAACAUUCCCCCAGGAAUGAAGCACCCAGCAAAAAUCCGUGCCUACAGUUUGUGCACUCAUCUCGUAUAUGGAUUGGUAAUGUUUCUGGAAAUGGCCGGCAUUUGCCAUAAAUACCAUGUCUUAAGGCUUGCACUUAAUGGGGUAGGACCAAAGAAGACCUCCAGACUGAUCAUCAAGGACCUGCUUUUUGAUGGUGUGCCAGUGAGGGUGUACUGGCCCAAUGCGACAACCACUGGGACCAGAAGGGGAAUGGUCUAUCUCCAUGGAGGAGUCGGCCUGAUCGGAAGCAUUUACGCUUAUCAAAGAGUGUGCCGCUACAUUGCCCGGAAAAGCGAUACUGUGGUCAUUUGUGUUGGAUUCCGAUUAGCCCCCGAGCAUCCCUGCCCUGCCCAGCUAAAUGAUUGCAUAACUGCUACAAUAUACUUCUUGAAGAAUGCGGAGGACUACGGCGUGGACCCCAAGCGCAUCGUCAUUGGUGGGGACAGCAGCGGGGGCACGCUUGCCACGGUGGUUGCACAACAUCUGGUGUUCAGGAGGGCUCUCCCACGCGUGCGAGCCCAGGCUCUCUUCUACCCGUUCCUCCAGGCUGUGGACUUCAAUUUGCCUUCCUACCAGCAGAACCAAUCUGUUCCAACCUUGCUGAAGAAGCGAGCUAUCAGGCUUGGUUUGGAUUACUACAACAAGAAGAUUAAAGAUAUGGAUGGCAUUAUGAGGAAUGCCCACGUUCCUGAGUACAUAUGGGUGAAAUGCAAGAAAUGGAUCAGUGCUGAUAACAUCCCAGAAGAAUUUAAAGCUAGGGGCUAUGUGCCACAGGUACCUGCUCCAUUUUCAGAAAAACUUUAUGAAAUGUACAAGGAAGUAUUUGAUCCUAUAUUUUCCCCACUCCUAGCAGAAGACUGUGUUAUCCGCCAGCUCCCCGAGACGUUCAUUUUAACCUGCGAGUACGACAUUGUAAGGGACGAUGGAUUGUUGUACAAGAAACGGCUUGAGGACAACGGUGUGCCUGUGACAUGGAAUCACGACCACGAGGGCUUCCAUGGAAUAUUAUUUGGAAUUGAUUAUGGAAGACUUGAAUUUCCAGGGGCAAGAAGGAAUCUAGAGAAGUUCACUCUUUUUCUGCAAAAGUUAUAA